UAAAGAUGUUUUUGGCUGCCGAGGAAGGAAGAUUAUCACUGUGGCAUGGUAGUAUCCUUUUGCAGCCAAACCUGCUGACUUACAGCAUCAGCUCGAAGUGACCACUGAAUUUUGGAAAAAUAGAUAUAUUUGCUUUAGGCAGGUUGUGGCUCUCUCAACAGCAAAUCGUUUUGGGAGUCUUUGUGUAGUACUGUGACUUUUUGUUACCACGUUGUGUGAUAGUAAAAUGGUUUUAUGAAUAAACUGUGACUCCAUUUCCUGGAGAUAAGAGCAGGUUAUCACUGCAAGAAAUGGUUAACCCUACUUGGAUAGACGGACAGUUUAAGUUAUAAACAUUAGUGGGUGAUGUGAAUUGAGUCUAGAAGUUUGUCUGAUCAAGAGCAGAAGCAAAUAAACCAAGUUUAGCAUACUUUCCUUUGUCUAGAAUAGAUUUUUAAUACUUUAAUGUUCUGACAGAUGCAAUUAACUGGUAUGUAUUAUUCUCAUAUAGCUAUUUUCCUUCAUCAUUUUACUCCUUUUGAAAUAGGUCUGUCACAGUGGUACAUCCUUAUAUUUCAUUUCCAUGGACUGUACAUUAUCACUGUUUUAUUCCAGUGUAAAUCGGUCUAUUUAAACUGUAUAGUUUAACAAUAGAUCAAUAAAUUGUGAAAUAUUAAUGAAAAUCAAUCAACCACAGUCUUAACAUUCCUGAAAGAAGCUGGCAGUAUAGUUGCUGUUGCUCACUGAUGACCAUAAUUCCAAAAAUAUGCUAAAUUCUCUAGCAACAGAAAUAAGUUCAUAUUCUCAAGCUCUCUAUCAUAAAGAAGAUAACACAAGAAAGCUUUUUUUAAAAUCUGAGGUCAUUAAGCAAAUUAAAUUACAAUCAAUUUUAGUCAUAUGUACACCAUAGUUUAUGGCAGAGAAGGAGAGACUUUCUUAAAAUACUCUCUAGAAAUAAUGGCUAGAAUUUCUAGGCUGAGACUAAGACUAGACUUUAUCACUUCCUAUUUGAAAAUUAACAUUUUUAGUAGUUUUUUAAUGUUAAUAUCUCUACCAUGAACAACUCCCAGUUACUGCCAUAGACUGUAAGCCUUAUCUCUGGGGUUGAGCAAAGAGCAAAGGUAGUCUCAUUUUGGAAUGAAACCCAGAGAUGAAACAGCAAGGAGGCUUCUGAAAUGCUUCACUUGAUGCUGAUCUAGUUAUAAGGAUAUCCAACAGUUACUACUCACAAGCAUGUCUGCUGCGCUGGAAAUUGUUGGUUUCCUUUUGUGUUUGGUUGGAUGGGCCUUUAUUGGAGGUACCUUGCCACAUAGUUACUGGAGAGUCUCCAGUUUACACGGCAGUGUGAUCACAGCAUCUACGUUGUAUGAAAACCUGUGGAAGAGCUGCGCAGAAGACAGCACCGGAGUAUCCAACUGCAAGCAGUUUGGCUCUCUGUUUGCUCUGCCUGUCCAUGUUCAGGCAUGCCGUGCCUUGAUGAUCAUUUCCAUUCUUCUGGGAUUCGUUGCUGCCGUGGUCUCACUGCUUGGUUUAAAGUGCACAAACGUUGGGCUGAGUGAUGAGGAUGAAAAAAUGAAGGUUGCUGUCACGGGAGGAUUUCUUUUUAUUUUAGGAGGUCUCUGUUCGAUGGUGGCCGUUUCUUGGUAUGCUGCAAUGAUUACUGCUCAGUUCUUUAACCCAUUAUAUGCUGGAACCAAAUAUGAACUGGGAGAUGCUCUGUACUUAGGCUGGGCUGGAUCUGUUCUUUGUAUGCUUGGUGGGAUCUUCCUAACCUGUUCAUGCAAAGGGAAGGAAAAACAGAAAUACAGUGCCAACAAAUACAGGUAUUCAGCAGGCCAGGCAGCUGGUCAGCAGCAAAUUUACACCACGAAUGCUGAGAUGGCCACAAGUUCCAAGGAGUAUGUCUAAACUUACAUUUUCACAUUACUUGUUUGUACGAGGUUUUGAACUUACAUU